UGCUCUCUCUCUCUGCGCUCUCGCUGUGUGAGAGAAAAGUUUUCUAUUGCAAAAAGAUCAGUGCUUUUUCGCAUUUCCACCCGUGAAAGUGCUCUUAAUGCCCAGUGUUUGAGAAAAUUGAGUGGAAAAGUGUGAAAAUUCAGCUGUGCAAUUUGUCAAAAUCACUCUGAAAAAGGAAUUUGGGCAAAAAAGACCUGUGAGAGAAUAUUUAAGGAGAGAGAACUUUGCUGCUGGUGUGGAGUCAAGUUGUGGGAAGUAGAGAGAGAUAGCUUAAAGCGACUAGGUGUGAGGAAGAUAGAGAAGGAGCUAGUGGGUGAGCUUUGAGAGAGAGAGAGAGAAAAGUGGGGAAAUCAUGUCGUCCGCCAGCCGUUUGCUCAGCGCCUGCCGUCCCGGCGGCUUGCGUCCCUACUGCGUGGCUUUCAGUCAGCCUCCGGACGUUAAGGGAAACGUGUCGUCUGUGCAAGUGACAAUAAAUCGCACCAUGGCCACCGCAUCCAGUGAGAAAUUCCUCACAAUUGACAACCUCAAUCCAUGCAUCAAAGUCAUGGAGUACGCCGUGCGUGGCCCCCUCGUGAUUCGUGCCACGGAAAUUGAGAAGGAACUCGAAAAGGGCGUCAAGAAACCCUUCAAGGAUGUCAUCCGUGCCAAUAUUGGGGAUUGCCAUGCAAUGGGACAGAAGCCCAUCACCUUUUUCCGCCAGGUCUUGGGCUUGGUGCUGUAUCCAGGCCUCUUUGAUGAUCCCAGCAUAACGGAUGAUGUCAAGGAGCGUGCCAGGACAAUCCUCAGUGGUACACGUGGCUGCUCUGUGGGAUCGUAUACAGAUUCAGCUGGAAUUGAGGUGAUCCGGAAGCACGUGGCACAGUACAUUCAGGAUCGCGAUGGUGGCAUCCCAUCGGAUCCGGACAACAUUAUCCUCUCAACUGGCGCUUCGGGGGCCAUCAAGAACAUUCUGGCUCUUUUCCAUGCUAAAAUUGACGGGAAGAAAUCCGGUGUGAUGGUCCCUAUUCCGCAGUACCCCCUCUAUUCGGCCUCAAUUGCUGAAUUUGAUCUGCAGCAGGUUGAAUACUAUCUGGAUGAGUCGAAGAAAUGGGGCUUGGACAUUGGGGAGUUGCAACGAUCGGUCACAGAGGCACGGAAGGUGUGUGUACCGCGGGUGAUUGUUGUGAUAAAUCCCGGAAACCCAACGGGUCAGGUGUUGACAAGGCAGAAUAUUGAGGAAAUCAUUAAGUUUGCAUACAAAGAGCGUCUCUUCAUCUUUGCCGAUGAAGUUUAUCAGGAUAAUGUGUACGACAAAGAUUCGCAAUUUCAUUCCUUCAAGAAGGUUCUCACGGAAAUGGGGGAGCCCUACUCAAGGAUGGAGAUGGCGAGCUUUAUGUCCGUGUCAAAGGGCUACAUGGGGGAAUGCGGGAUUCGCGGGGGGUAUGCGGAAAUCCUCAAUAUGCACCCGGACGUCAAGGCGAUGCUUCUCAAGGCGAUCUCAGCGCAACUGUGUUCCAGCACCAUUGGUCAGGCGGCUAUUGAUUGUGUUGUGAAUCCCCCAAAGCCAGGAGAGCCGUCGUAUGAGUUGUUUGUGAAGGAGAAGAAUAAUGUGCUGCAGUCACUGAAGCGUCGUGCGGAGAUGGUGACGAAUACCUUCAAUUCCUUCGAGGGAUUCUCAUGCAAUCCCGUUAUGGGGGCCAUGUAUGCCUUCCCGCAGUUCAAACUCCCGCCAAAGGCCAUCGAGGCGGCCAAGAAGGUGGGUCAGAAGCCCGAUGUGUUCUACGCAUUCCAGCUACUCGAGAGGACAGGCAUUUGCAUUGUCCCUGGAAGUGGAUUUGGUCAGAAGGAGGGAACAUAUCACUUCCGGACGACGAUUCUGCCACAGGAGGAAGACCUCAAGAAGAUGUUGAGUAUGUUUGAUGGGUUCCACAAAGAGUUUAUGAGUCAGUAUAAAUGAGAUUUUAAUAGCUAAAAGCAAAAAGUGUAAAUUUUGAAAAUUAUUGAGCAAUAAAAUUGCAUUUCACAAAACGCCA